AUGCCAGAAACCCUCCGUCCAGCUUUCGAAGGCCGUGAAAAGCCGCUCCUCUCUUGGGGCAUUCCAUUCUCCGAUGCCGCCGCUCGGCAUGUAGUUCAGACCUUUGGCGCGUCGCGCAUCUACAUCUUGUCUUCAGCAUCGCUGGCCCGCAACACCGACGCGCUCCAACGACUGACAGCUGCACUGGGCCCGAACCAUGUUGUUGGGUGCCGGGUCGGGCUCCAGCCACACAGCCUGUGGUCCGAGCUACUAGAAGUGAUUAAAGAUGCACGGAACGUGCAGGCGGAUCUGCUGCUGACCCUCGGAGCGGGGAGUUUGACUGACGGAGCAAAGAUCGUGGCAUUGGCUUUGGCAAACGGAAUCAGUACCGCUGACGAUCUGGAAACCCUUGCCGAAGGACCUAAAAAGCGAGCUGACAUUCAGCCGCCAUCCGUGCCGGUUAUCUCGGUGCCGACUUCGCUGUCUGCUGGCGAGUACUCCAACUUUGCGGGCGGUACUGAGGACCACUCGCGCCGCAAGUACAGCUUCCAGGCACCUCUGCGCGGGCCAGCUCUCGUGAUCCUGGAUCCGGAACUGGUGUCGUCGACUCCGGACUCGUUGUGGAUUAGCAGUGGCGUGAGAGCCAUUGACCACUGCGUUGAGACGCUCUGCGCGGUCGUGGGUACAACACCCGAGUCGGACAAGUUGGCCCAGCAUGCACUCGGAUUACUAGUGCCCGGUCUAUUGAAGUGUAAAAAAGACCGCAGCGACCUUGACGCGCACCUGCAGUGCCAGUUGGGGUCGGUGGAUGCCAUGGCGGCUUGUACUAGCGGGUCAGUGCAGCUGGGAGCAAGCCAUGGUAUUGGACAUCAGGCAUGUACUUCCCUCGGCCCCCUAGGUGUCGGCCAUGGCGAGACCAGUUGCGUUCUCCUGCCAGCCGUAUGCAAGUUCAAUGCCGCACACAACGCCAACCGUGAGCUGCAAGAACGUGUUCGAGAAUUCCUCAUUCAAGACCCUAUAGUGGCCGGGGUCCUGUACUCACGUGCCCUUGAUGUCACCGCCGCAGAUCUGGGCGAUGUGUUGGAUGCCGUAAUCCGCGAAUUGGGGAUGCCGCGGUCUCUAACGGACGUCGGGGUCAGCCGGGACCAGUUGGAUAUGUUGGCAGCCAACAGCCUACACGAUCGAUGGUGCCGUUCCAACCCGAUCCCGUUGAAAGAAAAGUCGCAGGUACUGGAGAUCUUAGAGAAGGUGGUUUGA